AUACAAAGACUCUUCCCGGUGGACGGUGUUACAUUUUGUCUUGUUCUUCCCUUCCAGCGUCCACACCACAAAUCCUCCAGUUUCCCGAAGACCUGAAGGUCCGCGCCGGAGAGUCCGUGGUGCUCCUCUCCAAAGUGGCAGGAAUUCAGCCGAUCACCUGCACAUGGAUGAAAUUCAGGAAAGAGAUCAAAGAAAGUGAAUUCAUCAAAGUGGAGAGCUCAGAGGAGACCAGCAAACUGACCAUCUCGUGCGCCCGCCAGGAGCACUGCGGCUGCUACACGCUGAUGGUGGAGAACAAACAUGGCUCCAAGCAAGCGCAAGUCAACCUGACCGUAUUCGAUAAGCCGGACCCCCCGGCCGGGCAGCCCUGCGCCUCGGUGAUGAAGGGGUCCGCCCUGACCCUGUCCUGGUACGGCCCCACCUACGACGGAGGCAGCGUGGUCCAGUCCUACACGGUGGAGAUCUGGGACUCGGUGGGCAAGGCGUGGGCCGACCUGACGCAGUGCCGGAGCACCUCCUUCAACGUGGAGAACCUGCUGCACGACCGCGAGUACAAGUUCCGGGUCCGGGCCACCAGCGUGUACGGAACCAGCGAGCCCAGCCAGGAGUCCGACUUCGUGGCCUACAAAGAGGAGGUCGAAGGACAUAAAGAUGAAGUUGAAGUGUCUGAUGAUGAGGAUAAGGAGACGGAGCCGGAGUACCGGAAUGUCGUCCUAAACACCACACAGAAGGUGUCGGAGUUCUAUGAUGUGGAGGAGCGGCUGGGGACCGGUAAAUUCGGACAAGUGUUCCGGCUGGUCGACAAGAAGACCAGGAAAAUUUGGGCAGGAAAAUUCUUCAAAGCGUACUCCGCCAAGGACAAGGAGAGCAUCAGGCAGGAGAUCGACAUCAUGAACUGUCUGCACCACCCCAAGCUGGUCCAGUGCAUAGACGCCUUCGAAUCGAAGAGCGACAUGGUGAUGGUCCUGGAACUGGUGUCGGGCGGCGAGCUGUUCGAGCGAAUCAUCGAUGAGGAUUUCGAGCUGACGGAAAGAGAAGUCAUCAAGUACAUGAAGCAGAUUUCGGAGGGGGUGGAGUUCGUCCACAAGCAGGGGAUCGUCCACCUGGACCUCAAACCCGAGAACAUCAUGUGUGUCAACAAGACCGGAACCAAAAUCAAACUCAUCGACUUCGGCCUGGCCAGGAGACUAGAGAAUACACCAAAUCUCAAAGUCUUGUUUGGAACACCCGAAUUUGUGGCCCCUGAGGUGAUCAACUAUGAGUCCAUCAGCUAUGCCACGGACAUGUGGAGCAUCGGGGUCAUCUGCUACAUUCUGGUGAGCGGUCUCUCGCCUUUUAUGGGUGACAACGAUAAUGAGACGCUGGCGAACGUCACCUCCGCCACCUGGGACUUUGAUGACGAAGCCUUUGACGAGAUCUCGGAGGACGCCAAAAUCUUUAUCAGCAGUCUGCUUAAAAAAGAUAUGAAGAGUCGCCUGAAUUGCACGCAGUGCCUGCAGCACCCCUGGCUACAGCAAGACAUCAACACCAUGGAGGCCAAAAAACUGUCCAAGGACAGAAUGAAGAAGUACAUGGCCCGGAGGAAGUGGCAGAAAACCGGCCAUGCUGUGCGAGCUAUUGGACGUCUGUCUUCCAUGGCGAUGAUAUCCGGCGCGGGUGGAAGGAAGUCUUCUGGAAGUUCCCCAACCAGCCCAUUGUCUACAGAACCAGAGAUCGGGGAAGAUGACAACCAGGCCUUCCUGGAGGCCGUGUCUGAGGAGAAACCUCCAAUGAAGCCGGUCAUCACCAAAACCAUGUUGGAUAUUGAAGUGGUGGAGGGCAGCGCGGCCAGAUUCGACUGCAGGAUUGAAGGUCAUCCUGACCCUGAGGUGAUCUGGUACAAGGACGAUCAUCCCAUCAAGGAGUCUCGCCACUUCCAGAUAGAGUACGAUGAAGAUGGCAAUUGCUCUCUCACCAUCUCGGAAGUGUGCGGUGACGAUGAUGCCAAAUACACGUGCAAAGCCAGCAACAGCCAGGGGGAGGCAUCCUGCACCGCCGAGCUCAUUGUGGAGGUGAUGGCGGCGGAGGAGGAGGAGGAGGAGGAGGAGGAGGAAGAGGAAGAGGAAGAGGCGUUUGGCGUCGGCUCGGAGUUUCCAGAAACCGCUUUGCCGCAUUGUCUUCUCCAGCCGGCUGAGGAUUCGGCUCUGCUCGGGCGGCCGUAUGAUUCUCACUCGCACUUCGCUUUCACCAUUUCAGCACUUUGCUUACGUUCUGAUAUAUCUCCGAUGUCACAGAUGGGCACCGCCUACUCCAGGCCCCUUCUCCUCCUCCGCUGCCGAGCCCCCCCCUCCUCCUCCACUGGCUCCCGGCCCCCUCUACUGCUGCUGCUGGCUGUCACUGACAAGUUGCUCCUCAUAGCUGCCAUGAUGGCGACGAGUCAUCUGGAAAGGUUCUCCAUAGUGAGCGGUGCGCACGGUUUAGCGCCCUCUAGUGGUGGAGGAAAAUACAACCGUCCUGUAGGGACCAUUCUAAGGAUCGUCACCUGGUCCCAGCAGAGGAGGACCAUGUGUCACCUUCCACAGGGGCAUCCGUACAAACUGGGAUCUGUGCUGGAUCUGGUAUCAUCUGCACACAUUGGCAUCUGGGAUCCUGCGCUGGAUCGAGGACCAUUCUGUGCACAGAGGGAUCCGGGAGCUGUGCUGGAUUUAUAUCAGGUUGUGCUGGAUCUGGAAUGUGUGCUGGCUCUGGAAAGCGGAUCCUAUAACCAUUGGUGGAUCCAGGGAUCUGGAUUGGAGAGGUUGCAGGAUCAUUGCACGCUCCCAAUGCUCCGGAGGUAA